AUGACCGAAACCAGUGAUGUAUCGGGCGUUGAGUGCAAUACAGACAACACAUCACUAAUGGGAUGGACUCGUUCUGGAGGACUGUUGAGCACCAAUGAUGUGACCGAAUCUCUGUCCGGAUAUCUUCUCAAACUGAGCUCAAGAGGACAUCGGGCGUUGAGACUGUUGAGCACCAAUGAUGUGACCGAAUCUCUGUCGGGAUAUCUUCUCAAACUGAGCUCAAGAGGACCGCUGCGGGCGAUGAAGAAACGCUGGUUUGUAUUCAAUGUCAACAAUUGUGUCCUCUAUUACUACCGGACAAGAGAUGAUUUGGUGCCGUUGGGAGAGAUCGACGUCCGGAGGGCCACCUUCACCAUCAAAACGCCCACAAUAUUUACCAUCAUAUCGUUGGCCAAAGAGGUGACACUCGAGGCCAAUGACAGCCAACAGUGUCUGCAUUGGUUGACACGUUUGCAGACAUUGCGCAAGAAGUACAUCAUUGGUUUGGCCAAUAAGUUUGGCGUCAAAUUAGCUGUCAAUCACAUCAACCAAGACAUUAAUUAUGAUAACAAAAGUGAUGUGGACAGCGAUGGCUCGCGUUCUGUCUUUUACGGCCAUUCAAUAGACAACCAAAUGAACGAAUCGAUCGAUUCUUUGCAAUCAAAGCAUUGGAAUCGUAGGAAAAGCAACGAUAACUCGUUGUCUCCCAAAGAGACAGAUUCUCCGGCGACUAAACACAAGAUUUUCGGUGGAAUUGUCAACAAAAUGAAGUCCAAAAAUGUGGACAUUCCUCCGCAACAGCGGACAAAAGUAUCGGAUAGUAUUUCGAGUCCAAUCAGAUCUCUGUUGAAAUUCAGUGAUAAAAACAAUGAAUCCAUUUGUUGCCCAAAAUGUCGACAAUCAGAGGAACAGUUGGUCUCAGUUUCCGAUGAUUUGUCUGCCGUUGAAAUUGAAUUACAGGCGAGUCGUGAAGCCAUUAGACUAUUGAAGAAACAGUUGGAAAUCGUGAGCAAUGAGAAGAAACUCUUGGAAGACAUUUGCAGAAAUGGCGCAAACGUUGAGUCAAACGACUUAUUGACACAAUUGAGUCACAAUAACGAAGAGUUAACUAAAUUGCGGAUUGAGUUUCGGCACAAAGAAGCAAACGAAGAGUCACUUCAGACACAGAACGAGACACUGAAGGCUGAAAUUGCAAAACGAAAUGAAGAGUUAAGUGUUUUGCAAGAAAUGCUUAAAUCGAGAGACGAAAUGUAUGUCUCACUCACGCACCAGAUCUACACUUUAGAGGCAGAAAAGGGUGAGUGCUUUAGUCCACAGGUGGUGAGCAGUGAGUCGAGCGACUGGUCGCCGGCGAUCACUACUCCUAAACUAAUUAAAGUGCAAACCAAUGAAUUGGAUAGUCUUCGUGACACCGUUCGUGCUUUUGAAACACAAAAUGAAUUCCUGAACCGAGAAAUCGUUGAAUUGAAUGAAUUGAGAAAUGUUAUAGAAAUGAAAGACAAAGAAUCUCAGCUCAGAAUUUGCGAACUCGAAGCCAAGUGCUGUCAAAUUCAAAGUAAACUCCUGUCUCUACUCAAAGAAAUCAAUCAAAACAGUCAAACGCCAAUCAAUGCAGUCGACAGAUCGAUGACCGCGAGUCCUAAUGCCGAACCCGUGCAGACUCUUGUCAACAGACUUCUUGAGGACAUAUCGUUGGAUAUUCCUCUGAGUUGGAAACCAGGAAAUAAAGGCAGAAAUUGUGAAUCCGUGUCAUCCAAAACUGGUCUUUACGACGAUUUAGGCUUUUAUUACAAGAAUUGCGAUUUCGAUAGCGUUUCCGAUGAUUUGUAUUCUUACGCCACUAAAGAAGACUCCAGUAAUAGAUGUGAUGAACUCAAUAAAGAUAAGCAUAACUCCAAAGAUACUGAUUCUAAGGCCAAAAUAUUAUGGAAAUCAAAGUGGGAUUCAUUUGUCGGUAAUCUUAAUAAUCAUGAAUUGCAGAGAACGCAAGAAUUGAAGGCAAUGUUGAGGACAGGCAUUCCUCAGGAGUAUAGAUGCAAAAUAUGGCGCUGUAUUAUAUAUAUGCGCGUCAAACACAAAAUGUCUGAAUGCGGGACCAAUUAUUACCCGACAUUAUUGAAACAAAACCAAAGCCCGGGCACCAAAAGCCUCGACCCAUCGGCCAAACAAAUAGAGUUAGACUUAUUGAGGACUUUGCCUCAGAACAAGCACUUUGAAAACCUGGAGUCCGACGGAACGGCACGUUUGCGACGCGUGUUGACGGCAUUCAGUCGUCACAAUCAGGCCGUCGGCUACUGUCAGGGUUUGAACCGUUUGGCAGCCGUUGCCCUACUCUUUAUGCCAGAAGAGGACGCCUUUUGGUGUUUAGUAGCCAUUGUUGAGACAAUUAUGCCCAACGACUACUUUGGCCGCAAUCUAUUGGGAGCACAUGUCGAUCAAUACGUGUUAAGGCAUCUGUUAUCUGAAAAGUUGCCGAAACUAUACCAGCAUUUGGAACAACAGGGCAUCGAAUUGUCGCUUUUUAGCUGGUUUUUGACGGCAUUCGUGGACAACAUUCCAGUCGACGUGUAUCUCAGGAUUUGGGACGUAUUCCUAUACGAAGGCAAUAAAGUGUUGUUUCGGUUCGCGCUCUCAUUCCUCAAACUGCACGAAGAGGUGAUACUGAAAAUGGCUGACUCUGUGGCCAUCAAUCAGUUGUUGCGAACACUCGGCGAAAGGCAUAUCGAUGUCCGGCAGUUGUGUUACAUAGCGUUCUGUGAAUUGAAUCCAUUUCCGUACCGAACCGUCAAAUUGAAACGACAACACUAUUCACAACUAGUCAGCAAUGAGUUGCAAAAGUUGGACCAAAUCCGCAAUAGUCUACCAAAACACGACCGAAGCUUUGAGUGCGAAAGCGAUUGAUUUUCCCAAUAUAUACAGUAUAUACGCGAACAUCGAUUAACGGUUUUUAUUAAUAUAAUGUGAUUUCUUGUUUAUUACAUUUAUUUAUAACAAUUAUUUAUUAACACAUUUAACAAUUAAUUUCUUAUAUAUUUUAAACGUUAACAACAAAAUGGAAAGAAUUAUUAGUAAUUAUAAUUUUUAUACCAUUUCUAAGAGUAUUCAUAAUAUAAAUCGGAUCAAAAAUUCAUCGGAAUGUUUGCAAUACGAAUGAUCUGGUCUUCAAAGUGAUUGAUUAUUGUCACCCAAAGAGAGCUUACAUUCCCUAUUCAUUCCCUAUUAAGUAAACUUAUAUUUCAAAUACAAUUAAAAGUCACAAAACGAAGCUUUAAUUGAAAUGAUUCUUAUUUUGAUAGUCAUUAUUAUACUCAUAACUAUUGCCCAUAAAUAUGUGUCCCAAACACAAACUAACCGAUCCUUUAAACCGUCUGAAACAAUAUUUUACUAAAUUUUAUCGAAAACUCGUUUAACAGUUGACUAAAAUGUUAUAAUUGACUUAAAUUGAUCCAUAUUUGAGUGCUUUUGCAACAAUUAGUAAACCAUUAAAUAAGUGGUAAACUUGAAUAAAGCGACGAACUUUACAAAACACGCUAAACUCGCAUAAUUGAAAUUUCAAUGAAAGUGGGAAUUAUGGUAAAUGGUUAUGGUAAAUGAAGGUUAACUUACAAAUAUUACCAAUGUCAUAUUGAAUGAAUAAUAAAGCAACAUGACAUUUGUACUUUUUAUUAAUG